AUGGUUGGAGGAAAUACUCCCCUUUCGCAGCCACCAUUCCUCAUUGCCGUCCGACCAGAACACAUCGCAGCAGCAGAAACUAAUCUCAUUAUCAAGCCAAAAUGCGGUGAUCUCUCUCCGGAAGACCAGAUCAUCAAAGACAGCGACGACGGUUCGACCGUCUUCGCAAUGGCAGGGAAGAAACACGGCGAGCGGACCGGUCGAACGGAUGGGAAGAAAGACAACCUCGUCGAGUUUUCCAUGUCGAUACAUUACGGGACAUUCGACAUGAUCGUACAGAAUGCGGCUACGGAGACAGCAAAAUAUGAGCAGGAUAAACAAGCAACUGUACAUGUGCGCCAGGUGUCCAAGGAGUCUAUCUAUAUCUGGGAGAUGCUUGUGGGGGAGAUCAAGGUGGCCGAUAUACGGGAGAGCACGGUGAAAAACGAUUCUUUAGGAUCUGCUCCUCGGCAGUAUACUUGGUAUCCCAAGCCUCCUAAGAGAAGGAUAUUGGAUAUCAAAGUAGCAGAGGGAUUUAAUGCUUCGCUGGUAAGCCUCUGUACAUCCGUAAUCACCGCAGAUGUUCCUGUUGCUAAUGCAGACUAG